UUAUUUUUCGUGUUUAAGUACUAGACUUGAUCACCUCAAGUUUCACAAGAGCAGACUACAAUGGAACUCUGUUUGGUAUAUUCAGCAGCUUUUGCAUUGUGUCUUGUCGUAUCAGUUCUUGCGCAAGACCAGUCAGGUUUCAUAAGUAUCGACUGUGGAAUCCCAAGUGGAUCAUCGUACAAAGACGACACAACGGGCAUUAACUACCUCUCAGAUUCAUCCUUCGUCGAAACAGGAGUCUCUAAAUCGGUCUCCUUCACAGCUCAAAGACAGCUUCAAACCCUGAGGAGCUUCCCUGAAGGUUCAAGAAACUGCUACACGCUGACUCCGAAGCAAGGGAAAGGCAAGAAGUACCUCAUAAGAGCUACUUUCAUGUACGGUAACUACGACGGAGAAAACGGUUCUCCGGAGUUUCAUCUGUUUCUUGGUGGAAACAUCUGGGACACCGUGUCUCUUACCAAUGGAUCGGUCGUUGUAUCCAAAGAAGUCGUUUACUUGAGCCAAGCAGAGCAAAUAUUCGUCUGCUUAGGAAACAAAGGCAAAGGAACUCCAUUUAUGUCGACGCUCGAGCUUCGGUUUCUCGGGAACGACAAUACCACGUAUGAUUCUCCGAAUGGUGCUCUCUUCUUCUCCAGGCGGUGGGACUUUGGCUCUCUUAUGGACUCACCCGUCAGAUAUGAUGAAGAUGUGUAUGACAGAAUAUGGAUACCGCGAAACUUUGGAUACUGUAGAGAGAUCAACACCUCACUUCAUGUGAUCUCUGACGAUAAUAGUUACAAUCUUUCAAGUUUGGUGAUGAGCACAGCAAUGACUCCAAUAAACACAACAAACCCAAUCACAAUGACUUUAGAAAACAGUGAUCCAAACGUCAGGUACUUUGUUUACAUUCACGUCGCCGAGGUAGAAGAUCUUACUCUCAGACCAAACCAGACCAGAGAGUUUGAUAUCCAAAUCAACGGAGUGACAGUUGCUCCUGCCUUCAGCCCCAAGUAUCUUCAGACAAAUACUUUUUUUUUAAACCCUGAGAGCCAAACGAAUAUUGUGUUUUCCCUCGUGAGAACCUCCAAGUCCACUCUUCCACCAAUCGUUAACGCACUGGAGAUCUACAUCGCAAAUAGUUUCACUCAAUCUCUCACCAACGAAGAAGACGUCAACGCGGUUAUGGACAUAAAGACAAGCUAUAAAGUGAAGAGAAACUGGCAAGGAGAUCCUUGUAUGCCUAAUGACUACAUUUGGGAAGGACUUAACUGUAGUUAUGAUAGUCUUACUCCUCCAAGAAUCACAUCAUUGAACUUAUCUUCUAGCGGGUUAACCGGUCACUUAUCGCCGUCCUUCUCCAACCUCUCAAUGAUUCAAGAGCUAGACUUAUCAAACAACGGCUUAACUGGAGACAUACCAGAGUUUCUGUCAAGGCUGAAGUUUUUGAGGGUUUUAAAUCUAGAGAAAAACAAGCUAACAGGUUCAGUUCCAUCCGAGCUAUUAGAAAAAUCAAAGACAGGAUCACUCACCUUAAGGGUUGGGGAGAAUCCAGGACUCUGUAGCGAGGUUUCUUGCGGGAAAAGCAACAAGAAAACACUAGUGAUAGCGAUUGUCUCAUCAUUUGCAGCAUUGUUCAUUCUUAUGAUGCUGUCUGGUGUGUUCUGGAAGAUCAAGAAUAAAAGGAAAAAGUCUGGUAAAAAAAUCUAUCUAUCUUAUUAGUUAUUACACAUCUGUCUAUCUAUAUCGAUCAUGAUACCAACUGUUAUUUUCUCUUGCAUAGACAACGGAAUAAGAAACGGCCCCAAGGCAAAACUGGAGAACAAGUUACUGUUUACAUAUGCAGACGUUGUCAAGAUGACAAAUAAUUUCGGUCGUGUCCUUGGCAGAGGAGGGUUUGGAACUGUCUACCAUGGCUACUAUAACAACAUUCAAGUCGCUGUUAAACUUUUAUCAGCAACAUCAGCUCAAGGAUACAAAGAGUUUCGCUCUGAGGUUGAAGUUCUUGUGAGGGUUCAUCAUGUAAACCUCACUGCGCUGAUCGGUUACUUCCAUGAAGCUGAUCAGAUGGGGUUGAUCUAUGAGUUCAUGGCUAACGGAAACAUGGCUGAUCAUCUCUCUGGGAAGUAUGACCAUAUAUUGAGCUGGAAACAAAGGCUUCAGAUUGCACUCGAUGCAGCACAAGGACUUGAGUAUCUUCACUGUGGAUGCAAACCUGCGAUAGUUCACAGAGAUGUGAAGACUUCCAACAUAUUGUUGGACGAUAAAAACAGAGCCAAGCUUGCGGAUUUUGGACUCUCUAGGAGUUUUCAGACAGAGAGUCGUUCUCAUGUGUCCACUCUAGUCGCUGGAACUCCAGGAUAUCUAGAUCCUCUAUGCUUUGAGACAAAUGGGUUAAACGAGAAGAGCGACAUUUACAGUUUUGGAGUUGUUCUGUUGGAGAUGAUUACGGGAAAAACUGUGAUCGGUGAGUCGCAGAGGAAGCGUGUUCAUGUGAGUGAUUGGGUGAUAUCGAUCUUGAAGUCUACUAAUGAUGUGAACAAAGUUAUAGACUCCAAAAUGCCGAGAGAUUUUGAUGCAAACUCUGUUUGGAAAGUUGUGGAGCUUGCGUUGGCGUCUGUUUCACAGAACGUUUCUGAGAGGCCGAACAUGCAACAUAUUGUUAGAGGAUCCUUAAAGGAAUGUCUUCAAAGAGAAGAGACCACAAGAGUGUAAAAAGUAAAGGGGUUGGAAAUGGAAAGAUGUGGAAAAUUUGGGGGCGUUUUUGUAAGUUUGUGUUGUGUAUCUUAA